UACCUGAGGCUAACGCUGACAUUAUUUAAGCUAAUACUAGGUAACUUAAGUUAGCAUCACAUAAUGACAGGUGCUAGCAAAUGCCCCAAACCAUCAGGACAUAAUUGAGGCUGACCCUAACUAAUUGGGAGCCUUACUAACCGAAUCCGUGCUAGCAAUGGUGCUAAACAUAGAUACAGGAUUGAGGCUAACGGUAGCUAACUAAAGACAGCCUUAAACAAACCUAAAAUAUGCUAGCAUUGAUGCUAACCAUAGGAACAUAGUUGAAGCUAAUAACAGCUAACUAAUGACAGCCUUAAACAAACCUAAAAGAUGCUAGCAUUGAGCAUAGCCAUUCUUUAAAAAAAAAAGCUACGUCAAAAGCGUAGCUGGUUUCCUGCGUAGCUGAAGUUCAGGUGGCUAACUAGCCUCCAGCUAAGAUCAAACACAGUAGUUUAUAUAUUCAUUGGAUUUUAGGUUAGUUAUUCAACCAGCUGUGGAUUCAAGAUGAGUCUGGAUACAUUGUUCCAUCAGAUACUUGUGACUGAACAACAGCUGACUGAGCAGACACAGAGGUUUAAAGAAGUGAAAGUUGCCAUCAUCAGAUGCAGUGAGACAAUUAAGGGCACGUCUGAAAAGUUUGAAAAGACCAACAAGGAACUUGAUGAAAAGGAUCAGCAGUUGUCGGUGAUGCGGCUGCAGCACGAGCUGAUGAAGAAAUGUGAAGACCAGAUAUCGAAGCAAAUCGAGGAGCUGCUUUGCCAGAAGAGUCAUCUUAUGGAACGUCUAGCCAAAAUAAAGAAGGAGUCCAAAGAAGAAGAGGAAAGCUUCCUUCAAGAGAUCUCAAGGUUCAACAGUGACUUCAGUCUUCCAGGGAACAGAGAAACAGUGUUCAAGAGCCAAACACACACUGAGAUCCUGGACCUGGAGGGGGACGUGGAAUCAUUAUACAAAGAGAUGCAGCUGAUGAGCAGUGGGAACAGUCACCUGAUCGCUUUGCAGGAGGAGAUGCGAGCGCUGCAGCUUGAACUACAGGGCCUGGAUAUGAACCGGAAAGACCUGGAUCAGCAGCUGAGUUUGGCUGUAGCAACGACAGAUUGUCUGAGAGCAGAGAGCCUGAUUGUCAGUCAGAAACCUCUCACCGACAGCACCUGUCUGAGACUGAGGCAGGAGCUGGAGAUGCAUAAAAAAGGAGAACUGGAGCUUCUGCGAGAGACGCUCGGCUCAGAAAUCCAGUCCCUUCAGACCAAGCUGGAGAGCAGCCAGAGAGCUGAGCAGCGUUAGAGCGAUGAAGCAGGAAGGUUAACACCCGUUCACUCAUUGUGUCUUUGGUUAAAAGAACGAACAAAUACAAGAAAGAGGACAGGAAGGAGCAAACAGCGACAUUCUUAACUAAACCCGCUGGAUUAAAAGUAUACGUUUAGUCUUUGUGAGGAUUGUUUGCUUUUCAAUUUAAGUUUUUAGGAGUUUUAACAGUGAGCUUCAUUCUGACAUGUUAAUCUUUAAAGUUAUGUUUGCUGUUACCAGAUAAACUAAAACAACAUUUCAGUAAAAUCAUUUAUCUUCUUCUUGUUUACUUUCAACCCCAAAAUACAUUGACAAUAAUGUUACUAUCUUGAAUUAGAAACAGUUGAAAUGUGAAAUAUCAUAUUUUGCAUUACAUUUUUUUGUACAAUAGUAAAAUAAACACAAACAUACACGCAAAGAUAAUGUUUGUGUGUCUGUGUCAUAAGUAGUUGAAUAUGAAGGGAAUUCAAAUAGUAACUAUAUACUGCCCUCUGCUGUACAAACACUAACAAUACAAUAGUAGAGGCUCUGAAACAGCAGUGUUUAAACAUAGAUAAGCAAAUAUACAUUUCCUUUAAUAUUGUCAAUUUCAAUUGAAACAAUGACUCAGAAUUACAUUUUUUCAAUUAAUAAAACGCAAUCGAAUAUUAGUCGUGAUUCAAAUGUUCACUGUUGAAGUGGCAAAAACUAAAUCUAGUGCCAGAAUCUUGUGGACACAGAAACACACGUGUGUUAUUCUUGUGUAUGAUAUGUACAAAACCUAAGAUUCCUAAUUAUACAUUAUUAUUAUAUUAUUUUACAGUUAAUAGCAUUGAUGAGGAAAGAAAACAUGUUUGUUGGACAAGGAUAGAAAAGAAUGUGUUGACAGUAAAAAUUAAAGGAAACAUUGAUCAGAUAAAUACUCCACAGGCAACCUACAAGAAAAUAAUAAAGUAGAAAGUAAAGGCAAAGAGUGAA